AUGGGUUCAUUUCAAAUGCCGUCCUAUUACAGGACCCCUUUGACCGUCGACACCACACACGCUCAGAAGUUCUUUGAGGAGGAGGACGCGAGCAUACUCGACGAUAACAUCCUUGACCACAGCGGGCUCGACUCGGGCUUGGAGAUGUCGCCGCCGAUGGUGGAGAGCAGGAGGGAUUCAUUUGGCGUCACCCCGUCCAUCUUCUCACCAAAGACGGAGGACUGGCAGUCGGUCGAGAUGCAGUCGGUGCCCUCGAACAACCCCUUCUUCGACCAGCAGAGCAACAACCCCUUCCUGCGGAUGGACCAGAACCAGCAAGCGGCUUACCAAAGCCACACUACCUGGCCCAUGAGCAGCUCCGGCUCCGCAACUCCCCAGCUCCAGCCCUUUGACGGCCUCCCGGUGGAGUAUGACCAGAGCAACCUUGCCAUGUUCCACAGGCCCGCCAACAUGCAGACUCCCACCCCCUUCGCCGCUCCUGCCAACCCCGUCGCCAUGUUCCAGCAGCUCGGGCAUGCCGCUCCCCAGUCGAUCCCGGCUUCUCCCCAGAAGGAUGCUUGGAUGGCUCAGGAUCUCAAGGCGCAGGCCAUGAAGAGGACCCGUCCCGCCAGCCCCCUGAUCCGGUCCCACAACGACCUGCGGAGGGGUGAUGGCAUCCGCAAGAAGAAUGCUCGCUUCGACAUCCCCGCCGAGCGCAACCUCAGCAACAUCGACCACCUGAUCUCGCAGUCCACCGACGAGCAGGAGAUCAAGGAGCUUAAGCAACAGAAGCGUCUCCUUCGCAACAGGCAGGCAGCCCUCGACUCGAGACAGCGCAAGAAGCAGCACACUGAGCGGCUUGAGGAUGAGAAGAAGCACUUCACCGAGGUCAUCGGGGGUUUGGAAGACACCAUCGCCAAGAUGGAGAGAGAGAUGCAGAAGCUGUCCAUGGACAAGCAGAACUACGAGUCGUACAUCAACGAACUCGAGCAGAAGCAGGAGGAGAUGAUCAGCAGGCACACCAUCGAGACGGGCGAGCUGCGCAAGAAGAUCUCCGUGCUGACCAACGAAGUGCACUCCAUGGGCCGUGCCGCCACUACCGCACCGGGUUUCCCCGGCGCUUUUGCCGAGAUGGAUGGCAUCACCAUGGACUGCUCCUGGGAUAACAUGCCAAUGUUUGGCGACUUUCCCAUGGAGCAGGGCACUCCCGAGGUCAAGCAGGAGAUGCAGAUUGUGCCAGCAGCCAAGAAGUCCGAGGUGUCCCUGUCGACGUCCGACUCCGAGAAGCCCGCCCAGCAAGGCGGACUCCUCUUCAUGCUGUUCCUUGUCGGCGCUUUUGUUCUCUCGAGCCGGUCCUCGACCCCCAGCAUCCCGCGCGUUUCCGAGGAUGUCCGGGCCGCUUCCGCGACCCUCCUCGAGAACGUGCUCAAGGAUGCCGGCGUGUCGCAGGUCGCCUCGGGUCUCCAAGCCCUGGCUCCGCAGCCCUCGGGCACCACCUGGGCCCAGGCGUCGCAGCCGUCCCUGUCCAUGGCCGCGCCGAUGGUCGACAACGUCGCCCCGUCGGUGCUGGGCGAGAUGGCGGAUGCCCUGACGCAGCCCACCGAGCAACAGACCAACGAGCAGAUCUUCUCCUUGUCGGCUGCGCAAUAUAAUGACCUCACCUCGCAAGAUUUCCUCCAGGCUGCCACGCCGGCCGAAAGGUCGACGAGCCAAGGGAGACGCAAUCUUGCUGAGGCGCUGGCCACCAUGCGCAGCUCGACCAAGCAGUCGUCUGCUGCCGAGGUCUACACUCGGUCGCUGCUCUGGGACCAGAUCCCGGGCGACGUCGUUCGGACCUUUGCCAGGAUGGUUGCGGAGAGUAACAACGCCGCUGCCGGCUCUGCCGAGGUCCGGGCCUAA